AGUGUAGCUUGCAACUACGGGUAGAAACAAUUUGACCAAAUGGAUGUGAGGACAGAUAACACUUUUCUUAAGGUUCUGAUGCCCAUCUUCCUGCAGAACAGUUUUCUUCAACAUAUGCAGAAACAGCUGAGUGGUGUGUUGACUUGCUGAGACGGAGGUGUGUUCUGAAGUGGCAUGGUGGUGGGACGCCAGCGCAGGCUCUCCACGCUGGUUCUCCCAUGGCUGUAUCUGAGGUUUGCAGCAGACCUGCCGCAUCGGGAGGAGAUGGAGGAGGCGCCCAUGGUCCCUGGACACAGCCUCGCUUCCCAGGACUCCCCCGUUUUCUUCUGCGUAGCUCUGUCAGCUGCGAGGGGAUGUUUUUUUCUCUCUUGCUGUGUCUCCUUUGACAUCUGCACAUCUGCUGCCCGAGGACCUUCCCAGAAGGCCUGGUGGGACAUGUAGCUGUGUGUGGUUGGAUGUCCUUUGAGAGCCCCUCCCUGGGUCGGGACCACGAAGGUUUGAUGUCAUCUUUCUACACACACACACACACACACACACACACACACACGGAUGCCAAAAGAUGAGUUGGGGAUGGAGUCAUCCUCGACUCACGUAUCUGAGGAGUGCUUCAAACCAAUGGCUUGGUAGCAGUGAGAAAUCUCUCCAGGCCGUCAUCUGGGUUCUCUGAAAUGGUGAUGCUCCAGGAGCGAUGCAGGCAGAUCAUGAUGUCAGCUCUGAACACCAAACAAGCCUGGGAGACGGUGGUGGGAGGGCGGGGCUGGGGUGGAUCCUGUGUUCCUGCUCUGGGACCGUCCCAUAGAGUCUCGAGACCUCUUUAUUUUUAGCCCAACGAGAAGUAUUUAACCUCAAGACAAAAUAUACCUAUUUCCAAAAUUUGCUGCUUUUCACCAGCAACUCAAAGUCAUAUAUGUACAAAUUGAUUUUAUUUUUUGCAUCCCAUGAAAGUAAUAUAUAUUUAUAAUAGGAAGUUGAAACAAUCAAAAACCACAAAAGGAGAAAUAAAAAACAUAAAACUAGGACCUAUAAUCUUGCCAUUCAUUGAUAACCAUGGCUGACCUUUUGAUGUAUACAUACACACUCUAAUCCUUUUUCUCCUAUAUAAACACGUGCAAAAUAUUUUUUAUCAAAACCAUAUAAUGCUGAUGAGAUAAUUUAGGAUGUAAUUUUCUUCCAAUUGGAGAAUUUUUUGUUUCCCUUAGCACUUCAAGUCCUUCUGAAACUCGUAGAAUCGUCACAGGUCACCCCAGAUGGAACCACCAACCUCACCUCUGCAGUCUCCACAGGCAAACAUUACAAAAUGCUGGGCGUGGAUGUGUUUCCAGCGAGCCGCACGGGGUGAGAAGUGCGCCCUUUGUCUCCAAGGUCAUAACGACUCUGCUGACUUCAAUUCCUCUCACCACAGCUAGUGAGCACAGCUCGAAAAUGCCAGAAAGGAGAGCCCCCUGCCCCGUGAUCCCAAAUGAAAAAAACAGAGAAUGUAGAAAUCCCUCAUGCGCUACCCCCAGGCCCCUUUUGUGCUGUUCUUGCCAACGCAGCAGCCGUCCUGCUACAUAGACCGGCUGCCACUCUUGUCCCCGCAGUCUGGACUCUGGUCAUCGCUGUCAACAGCCAUGGGGAAGAUCACCUUCUUCGAGGACCGCGGCUUCCAGGGCCGCCGCUACGAGUGCACCAGCGACCAGCCCACCCUGCAGCCCCACCUGAGCCGCUGCAACUCGGUGCGCGUGGACAGCGGCUGCUGGAUGCUCUACGAGCGCCCCCACUACCAGGGCCACCAGUACUUGGUGCGGCGCGGCGACUACCCCGACUCCCAGCACUGGAUGGGCCUCGGAGACGCGGUGGGCUCCUGCCGGGCAAUUCCUUACACCAGCUCUCACAGGAUAAGGCUGUACGAGAGAGAUGACUACAGAGGUCUCGUGUCUGAGCUCACGGAGGACUGCCCCUGCAUCCAUGAUCGCUUCCGGCUCAGUGAGCUCCGCUCCCUCCAAGUGCUGGAGGGCUGGUGGGUCCUCUAUGAGAUGCCCAGCUACCGGGGGCGGCAGUACCUGCUGAGGCCGGGGGACUACAGGUGGUACCACGACUGGGGGGCCGUGGAUGCCAGAGUCGGCUCUCUGAGACGGGUCAUUGAUUUGUGCUAGGCUGUGUUUUUCUUGUUAUGAUCACUUAGAAAGGCAAUAAAUACACAAAUUGUGGCGCUAAGUGACUCUUGUUUAGCUUUAAAAACUAACUGAAUUCUAAUAAAUGGUGACCUCUGGCAACUGACCUGACCCUGAAGUU